GUUUCGCGUGAUGAUGGCGGACCCCUGGAAAUCUUUUGACGGCGUUUCGUGAAACGCAAAAUACUCCUGCACGAUGGCGGUGCUGGUUUUGGUGGUUUUGGUGCCGCUGCUGACGCCCGCCGUCACCGGAGCUCUUCACUCCAGUGAGACGCAACAUCGCACGAAGGCAGCCAGCGAGAAGCAACAUGAUCUGUGGUGUUAUCGGUGCGAUUCUAUGGUUGAUGGUGACAGGUGUCUAAAUAUGACUGGCAACCAUACCAACAUGCACACCAAAUGCGGCAAAGACCAAAAAAAGUGUCAGGUGAGGAGGAUAUCGAUGUCGACCAGUACUGAAGAAGUGACUGGCAGGCCGAUGCUGUGGAUGCUCCAGCGCAACUGCUCGGAGACAUGCGAGUCUGGUUGCAUAAUUAUCGGCGAACGGACCAAACUGCACUCGUGCAUCACGUGUUGCGACGAGCACAAUUUCUGUAACGCGGGCAACGGGGCACUUAACUUGCGCGGACGCGUCGAAACAUCGUUAUUACUUUUUGUUGUUUGGUGCGUCGCCGCAUCGAGUUGAUAACUUUUAGUGACUCAGAAAACGAUCCGACAGUGCGUGGCUGCGGGAGAUGGGCGGAAGAUAAGUUUUGUCGCAAAUGCGACGUUGCCGAAUCGAAAUUUUCCCUAAACGUGGGGAAAUUCGGGUAGCUGACGCGUGUUAGGAUAAAUACUUGUUUUUUUAUACUUAGUUUAAAAAAAAUAUCCAACAGAUAGCACAAAUUACAAUAAAUGAUAAAGCAACAGAAAGCAAUCAUAAUAAAAUGAAACGAAUUGACUUUUUUUUAGUUAUGUUUUUCAUAAUGUUUUAUAUUUCUUUUUUUUCCGCUUUGUUAAUUUCACUGUUAUACGAACCUUUUUGAUCACAGAAAAACAAAAUUAAAAUUAAAAAAAUGGGAAAUCCAGUACCCCAAAAAUUACGCGUUUUAAGCCAUGGCAACUAUUUUUUAAUUGAAUUUAAUUAAAACGGUCUCACGAUCGCUAUUGGUUAGUUAUAUAAUAAUGCCUACCAACUUUGAAAGUGAAGUCCUUUUAUAAUUCAGCCUGUUUAAAACAUUCAUUUCAAUUUUAAUACAAUUUAAAUCGAUGCCUUUCGCAAAGAUUACUGAAUUAUUUGUCGUGCCACCAACUUGUCAUUUUUUGGAAGUUUUCAAAGGCUCUUGCUGUUUUACAACCUAAAGUAAAGCAAAGUAGUUAACAGAAUUUACUCCGCAGUUACUUAAUUGUACAGAAAGAAAAUGUCAGUAAAGAUUUGCUUAUUAAAACAUAAUGAAACUUUAAGACAUAAUAAAUAAUAAUACCCAGUAUGACUUCUUAUUGGGC